UACCCGUCCGAAGCGUAUCCAUCCCGCUAGUUUUUCCAGAUCACUCUAUCAAAAAUGCAGUGAAUCAACUCCCUAAAAUUUAAACCUAUCCAUUAACUAGUUCAGUUUUAUUUCUUUAGGGUUUUCUCUGGAUCUCGUUCUCUUCCGGCGUCGCUUGUUGCAACUGAAUCAGAAGCAGAUUGAUAUUGCGCUCCUUCGUCGAUCUCGUUCUCUUCCGCCGCUGGACGAAAAUGGAGAAAUCUGUCACUCCGAAGAGCAAUAAGGUUAGCAAUCACAUACCUGACGAUGCUUCACUCUCCAUUCUAUCAAAACUCUCUAUAAAAUCUCUCAAGAGAUUUCAAUGUGUGUGUAAACAAUGGUCAAUGUUAUUUCAAAACCCUUAUUUCAUGAAUAUCUACCGCAAUCAUAUCAUACAUACUAAUCAUUCUGAUUAUCAUGAUGACGAGGUAUCUCUCAUCUUACAUCAUGCUAUAGAAGUUAAUUCCUCAGAUACUCCCGGACACGGAUGCCGCUCCAAUUUGUAUUUCGUUUCUGGGGACAGAUUUGAGAACAUGCUCAAAUUUGAUUUUUCACUCCCCUUUCAAGUCCUUGGCCCAGUUAUUACUAUUAUCGGGUCUACAAGUAUCAAUGGCACUCUUUGUCUCUCUACUUUCUUUAAUGAUGAGAAACAUGUUGUAUUGUGGAAUCCAGCUACCGACGAAUUUAAUGUCAUUCCUCCUAGUCCUGUUGAGUCCUCGCCUUACCGGUCGGUUGUGGCUUCUGUUCAUGGAUUUGGUUAUGAUCAGCUUAACGAUGACUAUAAGGUGAUUCGGUAUGUAGAAUUUAAUAGUCUAACUUGCGAUGAAUUGUACUUUCGGGGUAUGUCGUGGAAAGAUCCAUUAUUCAGAAAUGUAUCCCUUGAGCCCUUAUGGGAGAUAUAUAGUCUAAAAAGCAGCACUUGGAAGAAACUUGAUGUUGACAUACCUAUGGUGUUCUGCCCUGAAACUUCGAAUGUCCUUAUCCGAUUCUACCUGGAUGGAAUGUGUCAUUGGUGUGAUAAAAUUGAAAUAGACAAUGAUGGAUCAUAUUUUGUUUCAUUUGAUGUCAGCAAUGAGGUGUCUUUUACAACACCCUUGCCCUUAGACAUCGAUGAUACUUUUGAUCUUAGAUCGGCGAAGAGGCGUUUGGUGAUAUUAAAUGAGUCCAUUGGUUUGAUCACAUACAGCCAGGAGAUGAAUACUCUUCACAUAUCAGUUUUAGGUGAAAUUGGGGUAAAGGAAUCGUGGACUAAACUUUUCAUUAUUGGGUCAUUGUCUUUUGUUGACUAUCCCGUCGAAGCAGGGAGGAAUGGUGACUUAUUCUUAGUAAAAAAAGACGGAGAACUAGCUUGUUUUAAUUUGGUUACCCAGAUGGUUAUGGAGCUUGGUGUAGUAGGAUCGAUGAUUCAGAUGGUGAUUUAUAAAAGAAGUCUUCUUUCGAUAAGAGGAAUAAAUAAAUAAUUAUUAUUGUUUUGUUUUCACCCAAGCGGUCUAUUUAGACCUUCUUGGGAUAUUUUUUACUUUGUAUGGGAAGUGGCUUGUCAAUUGCACAUAUCAUACUUGUCAUCAAGUAGACAGAUUAAGAAACCGUUUGAUGAUAUGACUUUUGCUUUAUCAAUUUUGUUUUGAAAAAUUUAUCUCUAAAUUCGCAUAUUUAUGUGGUUUGCAUUUCCAUUGUAACUUGUAAGAAUGAUCUUUAGCCUUUAUUGAAUGACCUGCAAUUGUAACAUGUAACUUGUAAAUGUUGAUACUCAAAUGAGAAUAUAUCUCUGUUUGAAAUUUGUCUUUCAUUACCCUGAGUUUUUCGUGGGAAUGAUAGGGUAUAUCAGACAUUGGUUUAUUUGAAUUUUGUGUUAUCUUCCAUUAAUACCAUCAGUCUUUAUCUUGUGCGGUAAAACAUGUGAAUUAUUUUGUGUGUUUGUAAUGUAUAAAGGUUGGAAGAUGUUAGCGUCUUUCAUAGGAAAAUUAGCAGUCGCUGUGGGCUUGUAGAGGUCUAACAAGAUUGAGGUUAGUAUUAAUAAGAGAAGACUUUGUGAUGAAGUAAUAGAAGUUCAGUUCAAGAUUCAUUUAAUUGUCUAUUUCUGUUUCUAUCAAAUAUCAAACUGAGAUGCUGUGAACAUUCUGCAAAGUAUCCUUCGUAUAUUUACAAAGGUCUUGUUUGGACUCUAUUUUGAAGAACUGCCCAGAGAACAAAUUGAGCAGUUAUGGAAGCCUUAAGCUACAAGUUUCAUUCCACCAACCAACUACUUCAAUUCUCAUAAUAUCAAGAGCAAAAGCAAUCAAGCAUUCCAUUUCCUUCUAUGCUUAGCCUAUACAAAGCAAGCUAAAGGUAACAACUACCAGCCUUAAGAGCACUUUCAAAAUUAACUCUUUGAUUUAUUACACAUAAAUUAUUAAGUGCUUUCAACAUGCAUUUAUAAAAGAAAGCAGUACUAACUGUGAUUAAGGCCAAGGAAGGGAGGUAGCUGCAGUGUUUUGAUACAUACCAUCUUUGAGAAUAGAUUAUACAGGUUUUUUUAGUGUCAUUUUAGCUUCAUUAUAUCUAAACCAACUUUCUUUAUCUUCUCCUUAUUCUUCAAAAUUUUCUUCAAGAUCUGUGGCUUAGAAUAUCGCUUGAAAAUAUUCAUACUAAAUGACUUUUCAAAUUUUGGGAGAUUUACAUAAACUUUGUAAACAACUCAGCAGUUGAUGUCUAUGGUCAGAAGGAAGCUGAAGUCUCUAUAAUGAUUUCACCUGACUUCACUCCUGAGCAGUAUGAAAAACUGUUCAGUCUGAUACAAGGAAGUACCAUUACCCAGCCUGCUCAUUUCAAUAGUUGUACCUUUGGCUCCUGGAUAAUUGAUUCAGGAGCUAGUGAUCACAUGUUCUUCAUUAAAUUGUUUCAACUCAUAUAGUGAGAUUGAACCAAUAAUUGUCAGGCUGCAAAUUCAACAUUUCUUAGUAGUCAAACUUGCUGGAACAGUUAAAUUUUUCACCUGGUUUAGUUUUUCUUUACAUACCCAAGUUUUCCCUUGAUUUACUUUAUGUCUCUCGAUUGUGUUCAACUCUGAAAUUAGAAGGCUCAUAGGAGGGCUACUCAACUACUGAGUCAUUUUUCAGGAAUUGUCCACUUCAGACCUUAAUUCUUCCCCCAAGCUUAGUGCAUGUUAAGUGAAGUUUGCCGGGGAUUUCAUCUGUUUCAUAACUACUCUCCAAGUAUUACAUUUCACUAAGCAUUUAAUGUGGAGGGAAACACAAAUGGUUGACAAAGUUAGUUUAGCAGAAAGCAUUGUUCCUUUUGACAACUUUAUUGUAUAUUUUAGCAUGUCUGCAGAAAAUUAGUAACAAAGGUAGUAAUAGAACUCUUUGUUAAGAAUUUUCAAACUUGAUUCUUGAUUGACCAAUAUAUUAAGUGACUUAUUUGUUGUUGACUUUCAUAUGAAGAAAUUGUAUGUGUCAAUUUAACCCCUUGACAAGUACAAGUAGUAUUUAUGAUAUCUGGUUUUACAUGUCUUAAGCAACUGAUAUUUUCUUCUUAUUUUUAACUUGUUUUUUUACAUCCAUUAAAAUUCUUCUCUUUAACCAACAAUGAAUUGAUCUUUAAAAGAUUUUGGCCUCUUAAAUGAGUAGCUAUUUGAA